AUGACGUCAUUUCACCACCCACGUGAUAAGCUUUAGCUAUUUUCGCCCUUUUCUGCACAACAGGCAUGGAUGCUGCUUUCCUCCUUCUGCUGUGCACAUUGACCCUCACUGCACAAGUGAACUCUCAAGAUUUACCCAUUUUUAGAUGUCCUACUCCUUCUAUGACGAGAUCCUGCAAUGAGCAGAGAAGCGAAAUAUUUUUGGAUUCCUGCAAUAGCACUCAAUGUGUAGAAUGUUUAGCAGGCUGUGAAACAUCAAUCGCCAGCUAUGGUACUCGUUGUCCAUCAAACGAGUGUACACUUGGUUUAUGUGCUGCUUAUGUUUCUCUUACUCGUUUUGCUCCGAUGUUGCCUUGCGUUGACACUUAUGGCUCAGACUAUUGCUCCUUCUGUGAAAAUUGCUCUACCACUGAUAGUGGAUCUGGGGGUGGCAGUGGAAUAAUAGAUGCAAUGUGUGAGUCAAAUUAUAUUUCUUUAUUUUGCCGCCUGUUACCAAACGGCUCUAAUUGUAUCAAUGAUUUUGGUAGUACAGUUUGCAGUUAUUGUCAAAAUAUACAAGCGUUAUGCUCUUCGUUAUCGCCAUCUAGUCUUAAUUCCACACAAAACGCAACUCUUUGCUCUAAUCAUGCCAGACUUUGUCUCUUAUACGACACUGAGCCCUUCUGUAAUUUAACUGCUUCUAAUGCCACCUUCUGUUCUUACUGCAAAUAUACUGUUAACAACGGAAUUUGUCCUCCAUUACCAAUUUGCUCCAAUGACAUAGCCUUAACCUGCCGUUUACUUAAUAGUGAUGAUAAUUGUGAUACUCGCAUCAAUUCUGAUUUUUGCCUUGAAUGUAAGACUAAUUAUUCAGACUGUGGUAACAUUGAAAAUCUUUCUACUUUGCAAAGAAAUGUUGUUUGUGAAUCAGAAACAGCUUUAUCUUGUCCGCAUACAUUGACAAACACAAACUGUUCCAGUGUUUCAACAUACACCUGUAACUAUUGUCAAGCAACACAAGACACUUGUUUAUAUGUGACAGAGUCUGGAAACGGCACCAUUCCUUGUAAUUCAAACGAAAUUGAAAUGUGUGCCGUUGAUUAUGGUUACUUUCCAUGCUACUUGCUAAAUGACACAAAUUAUUGCUCCAACUGUAGCAACUCACUUGCUGCUUGCAACUAUCCCUAUAGUCAAACAUUCAUUCCUCCAUUUUGUGAAAGACCUUCAUUUCUAUCACUGUGCAGCUACUUUGUUGAUUAUGAGCGUACUAAUAACUUACUUUGCUCUCAAGUUUUUUCAAAUUAUACUUGCAUUGUGUGUCCAUUUGCUACAAGAAACUGUACACAAACUUUCAGCAGUAGUGAUGGCCAAUCUUUACUUUGCUCCUCUGAUUCAAUUUCUAUUUGUAAUGACUUUGUUUAUUCAGACGGAAGGUGUCUGACGAGUGACAGUGAAAUAGAUUGUGACUUUUGCUUGCUUCAAAGAAUGACAUGCAAUAAUAAUACAAAUUGCUCGUCGUGUGAUAAUGGAAAUGAAGGAAUGGAAUCGUCUGGUAGUAAUGAGACGUUAACAUGUGAUACUUUUGAAGCACUUUAUUGUCAGCUGUUAUCGAGUGACAUGAAUUCCUGUUUCAUGAAGUACGAUGCAACCCUAUGUAUAGGUUGUUCAUAUUACGUAGCACAAUGUGGCCCAUUGAGUGCUGAUAAUAUAACACAAAGUCAACUGGACACUUUAUGCAUUCAAGAAGCACUCCCCUACUGUGAAUUGGCUAUAAUUACAAACUCAUCAAGUUUCUGUGGAGAUGAUUCUGACUGUUCGUACUGUUUCAUAACUGAGGGUAUAUGCCACUCCUUUAGCAAUGAAACUCUACAAAUUUGUGCCAAUGCUUCUGCUUUUGGAAACUGUGAGGGUUUCUUAUACUAUCCAUGCUAUACCUUCUUUGAUCUUGAUUACUGCGACACCUGUAACACUAUUGUCACUGCUUGUCCUAACAUCAAUUAUGACUCGCAAUAUAUUCCACAGACAUUAUGUAGUGACACACAAUAUCUUUCGUUUUGCAAUCAGAUAAUUAUGCAACAAGACUGUGGGAAGGUGUAUGGAUAUGUCAUGUGUGACUAUUGUCAAACUAUCAAUGCUACAUGUCCUAGUGUGUCGCCUGAUGAUGUUCUCUCAUCUUUCAAUCAGUUUUGUCUCAAUAAUUCAGGUACCUGUACCCAGUUACUAUCAUCUGUACAGGAUAACCAAUGUAACACUACUUAUACAAAUCAGGACUGUGCUUUCUGUUCUCUUUUGGAAUUUCAUUGCAAUAGAUCUGUCUUUGAUCUACCUUGUACAAAGGAGUUCAUAUUUUUCUGUGAUUCUGCCUAUAAUCAAAAUAACUGCGCCAUGAUGUACCCUGCAGAUACAUGUCAAACUUGCAGUGACUACUUGGCGAGAUGUCCUAUCAUUGAAACCAGUAGUCUUGAUCAGUUUUGUGCUUCCGAUGCUAGUAUUUCUACAUGUGGUGCUUACCCAUAUGGCACUGGAUGUCAGUCUUAUUUUCAAAGCAUCAAUGUGACUGAGCUGCUGGUAAUAUGUGACUUUUGCUUAUUUUACGGUUAUAGUUGUCAUGACAUUGUAUGUAAGGAUAUAGCACAACAAUGUAACAAUAUAAUAACUUAUGGUGUGUCUCCUAUAUUCAAUUUCACUGGAUCAACCUUCAAUCAAUCAAAUGAUACAGAUCAAUGUCUACCAUGUUCGGCCGCAUAUGCCAUAUGCUUAGAACUGCCAGUAAGUGGAGGGGGUAUGGGUAGUGGAUCCAGCAUUGUUGACACCGGUAAUAGCAUUGGCACUAAUAGUUUGCCCUCAAGUUUCCAUGCUAGCACACAGUCAGUAGUAUACAGCGUAUUACCAUCAUCACUAUCUCUUACAUCAACAGUUCUUGUUGCCUUUUCUACAAUCACUUCAGUUGUUAGUGGUACUAUUGAUAGCCUCAGUGUCACAAAAAGUACUACAGAUUUUGGGAUAAUUGGCUUCACCUCUACUGUUAUUGAAAUGACCAACCCUACUACUGUUAUCAGUAGGGACAUGGAUAUCUCCUCUACUGCUAAUAUCAUUAGUAUUGUUGACUCAUCUGUAGCUGUCAUUUCUCCUACUACUGAUAUUGUUCCUACUUCAGAUACUUUUAUAACUUCCUCCAUCACUGCCACUGACAAUACUACUACUGCUACUUCUAUAGAUAUUGCAUCUACUAGUUCUACUGCUACUGCUACUUCUAUAGAUAUUGCAUCGACUAGUUCUACUGCUACUGCUACUUCUAUAGAUAUUGCAUCUACUAGUUCUACUGCUACUGCUACUUCUAUAGAUAUUGCAUCUACUAGUUUUACUGCUACUGCUACUUCUAUAGAUAUUGCAUCUAAUAGUUCUACUGCUACUGCUACUUCUGUAGAUAUUGCAUCUACUAGUUCUCCUUCCAUCAGUAGUCGUACUUCAUCCAUUGCUUCUCAAACUAUCCUUAGCACUAUUAGUGAAAGUACUAGUGUUGUCAGUUUUAUUGAAAGCACUUCAUCUGUUUCAAGUAGAAGUACAUCUUCCAUUAACACUAUCUCUGUCACUCCUACCCCUACCACUACUAGUGCUACUAGUGCUACUCCUCCUGGAACAACCACUAGGACUACUCCAUCACCAACAGAAUCACCAACCAUACCUACCGGUAAUGUUGUAAGCGUUGAAACUCUGAGUGCAGAAGAGGUUCGGAAUGCUAUUACUUUGCGUUUUAAUGGAUUAACUGUUGAAUUGUUCCUUAGUAGAAUUUCUGAUUUUAUACAAGCCAUUACAUCACUAACUAACAAGGCUCUUUCUUCAACAAGAAAGCGUCAACAAGCAAUAACAUCUGAUGGGGUGCUGAUAGUUGAUGGAUCAUUACAACUUUUAUCCAACAAUGAGCUAGAAGUUGCUUUCUUAGUACGUGACACAAGUGGUAAUGUGGUGAUUGGCAGUACUGUGAUACAAGCUAUCAGAGCCAACGAAACAAGUUUAACACAAUCAGUGGGUGCAACUGGCAUAGCUAGAAUAACAGAGGGUGUUCCUGAGCAUUUAACACCAACCCCAUCAGUAUCAAGUGGUGGGCUCUCUGAAGGGGCAAUAGCUGGUAUUGUAAUUGCAGUUCUAAUAUUAGUAGCUGUUGUUUUACUUUUGAUUGCCAUUUUUGCUUAUUUCUAUUCAAAGCAUGGAAGAGGCAGAGGAAAGUAUAUCUUUGCUUCAGAAAUAGCUGAAAAGAAUUUAAGAACAAUGAGCGAAAUUCAUGAGAAGGACAGAACAGAAAGUGUGGCAAUGCGUCACCUGUCUACUACAGAGCCAACCCCAGGUAUUGAAAAGGAAGAUAAACCAGCACAGAAUCAAGAAACUGCAUCCCUCAAUGUCCCAAAACCUAAUGCCAGUAAUGGUGAAGCUAGUGCAUCUGAAGUUUCAGAAAAAGAAACCAAAUCAGUCACAAAAGAAACUGUGGACUUAAAGAAAGCUGAGCCAGUUGCCACAAAGAAAGAUGAAGUACCUAGUGGAGAUCAACUACCUGCCAAAGAUGAAGGACCUGUGAAAAAUGCCCAAGAUGAUGAGGAUACUGACAGUGAAGAACAAUAUGUUAUGUAUGAUUUGUAAAAUAGUCACAUACACUGUAUGAACACUAGUUUCUAUGU